AUGCAGCAGCCUCAACCACAAUCUUCUUCCUCCUCCUCAUCAUCGUCUUCUCACAAUCAACACACAAACAAUAACGCGGCUCAUCAUCAUCAGGAAAUUAAAACAGCGUUUGUGAAAUCGGUGCUGCAACAGGAUGACCAGGUGAAAUUUCUGGUUAACGUCUAUAAGAGGCAUGGACCAGGAGGUUUGAUGCCAUCCUCUUCAACAACAACAACAAAUUCCUCAAGCACGACAACGGGAAAUAACAGCAAAACACAACAACAACCUCCUCAAGUUCUAAUAGUACUUCCUCCUCGUUGUCAUCAAAACAAGCCUCAUCCUCGGAAAAGAGUGUGCCGGCAUCAAAAGUACAACAGUUUUUACCAAGAAAGAAAGUGA